GUAGGUGAAAUUUCACUAGAAGUCAAAAUACCUACCUAAGCUUAAAUCGACUAAAGCUAUUUUAAUCUAUUUUAACAUAAAACUUGUCCUGUUAAAAAAAUUAAUAUGUUCCCUUUUCCAACAAUCGUUGACGAAUUUCAACACAUUUUCAUUUAAAAAUUCUAUAUAAUACUUUUCCAAAAAAGCCCCCUGUACAAUCAUGCUGCAUUUGCAUUUCUCGUUUGUUGUUGCUGCUUGAGGUAUUUAAUUGGAGUUCAAUGGUGUAGAUCUGAUACCUGCAUUUGCUUACCGUUGUUUUGGUGAGUCUAUUGGUGAAUGUAUUGGUAAAUAUGUGUGUAUAUGAAUCUUCGAUAGUAUGCGUACAAACUCGGCUCAGCGCCAAUUCGGCGCUCCGAAGCUCAGUGGCUUUGACAGCAACAACAUAUUUUCCAAAAAUAUUUCCACCACAUCGCGCUAUGGCAACGGAGGGUGUAGAGAAUUACCUAUCUAUCUACAAUUCAUUGUUGUUGUUUAGUUUUUUUAGUUCCUCCACUGGCUGGCUAUUGAACGUGGGUUAUGACGGUAGUGCGCAUGAUUCUAACUUUUGUUGUUGGUUUCCCAUUGUAUGCAGGUGUAUGGGUGUGUGUGUGUGUAUGUAUGUUGCAUGUGAGGUGUCGCUCAAAACUGGAUUUGAGCAACAGCCUCUUAGUACAGCACAAAACUGGUUGCUGGCGCUCUCAGGAAACAAAAGCCACCACCAAGAAGCAAACAAUUUUCCACGGAGGUUUUUUGCUUUCCACUUCUUUGUUUUGUUUCGUUUCCACAAUCUUACCACUCGCUGCGCAAUCUAUCGAUUUGGCCAAGCGCUAACCACUGCACAGCCAACAUUUAUGACAAUAAGAACAACUACAACAACGUGAACAACAACAUUGUUUGAGAUGCCAGGCUGAGAAGGCAGCAACAUGGCUUGUUACUUUGGCCGUUUGGUUCAGUAGUUGGAUUGGCGCCGGAGAGCACGCGGAUACACGACAUAAACGCUUACUGAUUAAACGGUUAAACAUAUACACACAUACAUAUAUAACAUAUAUACGUAUAUAAACGGGUUCGGAGCGCUAAAACAUUUAAAUGGAAAUUUUGUGAAUAUUUUUUUCGAAAUAAUAUUUUUGAAAAUAAUUCAUUUAAAAAAUAAUUGGUGUAAUUUGCUUGGUGUGCAGGAAAAGUGAGUUGAAAAAUGUGCUGUGCGGUCAAUAUUGAUUUUAUGUUGGCGUAAAGCAGCCGCAGCAGCAAAGCGAAUUAAAAGUGGUAGUGGCAGUAAGAGUGGCAGUAAAAGAAUCAAGCGACGAAGCAAAAGAAGAAGCAGAAUAAGCAGGAGCAAAAGAAAGAGCCAACGGCAAUGAGUAAAGGAAGCCAUGGUGAAUACGACGGCAUACGUAAAGGCAAUAUCUACACAAAAAGUGGCGACUCGCUGUGUUUGUUGGCUAAAAUUCCAGAAAUCGUAAAAUCCAUAACAUAGUUGCAAGCAGCUAUAACAAAAAAAAUUAUAUAUCUCUGCAAUAUCUAUACGAAAAAGUGAUAAUUUUAAAUAAAAAACAAAACAUUAAUUUUCCAAAAAAGCAUAAAUUUUUGAAAAAAGUUGCGCAAAGCCUGGAAGUGAAGGUUGUUAAGUGCUUUAUUUUAGCCGGAGAACGUGCUCUGGGCCCGCAGUGUUGCCUAUAUUUUUUUGUUGGAUGCCGUUUUGCUUGUGUGGAGAGCCGCAGCGCAAAGUCCUGUUUGUGUAUUUAUAUAAUCAAUAUUCUGUGGCAAAUCGAAAGCGUGUUUUUAAUGCAUGAAAAUUGUAGAAAAGUGAAAUAAAAGUCAUAAUUAUUGCGAAAAGCAAUUAAAUAAAUAGAAAUCCGUGUUAAUGCCGGACCCACAGCGCAUAACCGCAUUUUAAAAUAUUCUAAAUUGUUAUACUAGUAGUGUACACACAAACAUACUCAACGCAGUGGUUGGUGCGCUUGCGUUUGUGCGCUUGUGUUUUUCGCUCAGCUGUAGUGUGGUGUUGGUGUUGAAAGUGUUUCCUAUCAGUGUCAAUUUGCCAACGCAAUAAUUUAUUGAGGAGUGGUAUAGAUGUAUUUAUAUAAACGCCAACUUCUCAUACGAUGCAUCCGUCUAGUGAACAAAUAAGUAGAAGCCGACAGGAUCUGAAAAAAUCAACAGAAUUAUCACUUUCGCAUAAUGUCUUACCACAAGUACGAUCGCAUCAUGGCAGCGCUGCCAAUAUAUAUCAAGAUCAAACGGAUGAUUUUCGAAGAAGCAUGGCCUGCAUUCAAGAUGGACUGGAACAUAUGAGAAUAGGUGGCGCGAAUCUUUCUUACACAACAGACAUCGACUUUCAUCGACCACAGCCGCAAAAUAACGGCACAGACAGUUCGGACAACACCUGUCAACAUCGAUGGACCCCCACAAAUGGAUACCAUGAUAAGGGAAUCGGUGUGAUGACAAGCCUGCUUGGUUGUAUGAAACCGAUACUCUCCUUUAUGACCAAGACUGGCGUUAUCGAGAUUAAGGAUCCGAAAGAUUAUGCUUGGGAAAUACCUUUUGAAUGCAUAACAGGAUUGGAGUGGCUUGGCAGCGGCGCGCAAGGGGCGGUCUUCAGUGGAAAGUUGAACAACGAAAUUGUUGCGGUGAAGAAGGUGAAAGAACUGAAAGAAACAGAUAUUAAGCAUUUAAGAAAGUUGGAUCACCAAAAUAUUAUUAAGUUCAAAGGUGUUUGCACACAACCGCCUGUAUUUUGUAUAAUCAUGGAGUUUUGUCCCUAUGGUCCACUACAAAAUAUACUGAAGGAUCAGCGGAAUAAGAAAGUGAUGUUGCCAUCACGUUUAGUCUCGUGGUCGAAACAAAUUGCACAUGGCAUGCAAUAUCUGCACUCACAUAAAAUCAUACAUCGUGAUUUGAAGAGUCCCAAUAUACUGAUUGGCCAUCAGGAGAUAGUGAAGAUCAGUGAUUUUGGUACAAGCAAAGAAUGGAAUGAGAAAAGCACGAAAAUGAGCUUUGCCGGCACCGUAGCUUGGAUGGCACCAGAGGUGAUACGUAACGAGCCGUGCUCGGAGAAGGUCGACAUCUGGUCGUAUGGCGUUGUGCUGUGGGAGAUGUUAACAUGCGAAAUACCCUACAAAGAUGUCGACUCGUCAGCCAUAAUUUGGGGUGUGGGCAAUAACUCAUUGAAACUACCGAUACCGUCCAGUUGCCCAGAGGGUUUCAAAUUAUUAGUGAAUUUAUGUUGGCAUACUAAACCGCGAAAUCGUCCCUCGUUCGGACAAAUAUUAACGCAUUUGGAGAUAGCCGGUCCGGAGCUUUUACGCAAAACCGACAACGGGUACUUCGAAGCACAGCAAUCCUGGAAUGAGGAAGUGCGUAUGCAUUUCAAAGAAAUCUCACAAAAUGGCACCAGCAUACAUAAAUAUGAACAGGAUUUAAUCAGACGGCGCACGGCCGAGUGGCAGCAUGCGCAGGACAUUCGGCUGGUCUAUGAGGAUAAGUUGGAGAAGACAAAUCGACUGUAUUUAGAAUUAAGUGAAUGCAUGACACAAUUACAAGAAAAAGAAAAGGAGAUUGCUAUGCGCGAAAAGCAACUGCCAGGCUACAAGCCCUCGAGACGCUUGGGCAGCACGCUACGAAAAAUACAAAAUUAUCGUAGACGACUUAAUCCACCUAUUAAUAUACCAGGAAAUGCUCAAAAACAACAACAGUCGUCGUCCCCUGAUCCGGAAACAACGCCUGAGAGUCCACUGAAGGCAACACUCUACGCACAGGUUAUAAGUUUGAAUAAGACAAAGUCCUACUGUGUGGCCACGCAGAAGCCGAAGAAGAGCAGACAUCGGCGGGUUGGUUCGGGUAGUUUUGCCGCAGCACCCAAAUAUAGUCCAAGUCGAGACCGACGAUAUCAAAGCGAACCGGAAAAUCGCAAGAAUGUCAAAUUGGUUGAUACUGAAACUCAAACCGAUGCCAUGGAUAUUAGUGAAAUGGAUAUAAGUCCAAACGCCUGCUGUGCAAUGCGCGAUAUCUCUAUGACACUUGCCAUUGAGUCAGGUUUGCCAUCCUAUGAAGUUUUAUAUGCAACAGAUCGCAUAAAGCAGCGUCAAUCGGCUCAACCACAGACCGCUAUGCAAUGUACCCAACAACCAUUACAUCAGCUAAAUGACCAACAACAGCAGACAGAUGCAACGGCAGCAGCGCUUACACCAACCAGUCUGAAUGGCAAUUCCGUAACACCGUUGGAUGUGACAUUUCAAGAUGCAUGCUCUAGUCCCGACCAAUUGCUCGACGAUGUGAUCAAUAGCAACGAAAGACUUGACUUACCGGAUUACUGUAGUUCUAAUGAGCACCUCGAUCGUCUUGGUGAAAAAGUGAUCAAGUUUAUCAACGAAAAUCGGCUGAGCAUACAGACUACAACAUCAAUCAGUAAUCAAGGUGAGUUGGCGACAGCUCGUCUGCAAGCGUCUGAUAAUGGUAAUGAGAAUGCGAACGAUGGCAAUAGCACAAGCAGACACGAUUUAAAUCGUGAUGCUGCAUUGGAACGAAUGACGCCAAGAGCGAGUAGUGUGCGACGAAAAUACCAGCACACAUUAGACAAGCCCUCGGCUGUGGAGGAGCCGGCGUGCAAUAAUGCCAAUGGUGAAUCCAAUGAAGACAUAUUCGAUGACAGUUGGUCGGAUGAGGAGGGUGAGGAUACCGACUACCAUUAUGGACUUAGACGACGAAGUAUUGGACGUCUACCGAUUGGACGCGGCAUGCGUGCGCGCCGUGGUUACAAAAUACCAAUAAUACCGAAAAUUCCCAUACACAAACGCAAUGUUACCGUCGUGUCGGAUGAAGAGAACACCUCCGAGUAUAGUCACUCACCGUCCAGUCAACAUUCGACGCUCGAAAGUAAUCCUGAUGAAGUACUCAAACAAAUGAAGGCGAACAAGAAGGCGGUGAACGCUGCGACCGCCACUACAGACACCGAGGAGGAUGUCUCGUCGAGUAGCAGUAGUGAAGAUGCUGACGAUCUCGAAACGCAGCAUGAGCGUAGACCAACUACAACAACAACAUCAGCGGCAACAACAGCAACACAACGACAAAGACGCGAACAACGACAACAGCAAGCACAACAUAUGCAACAAACAUAUGCAACAACAACAAGAGCAAUAAAUAUACCUGUUGCCGAGUCAAGCAAUGUCGGCCUGUCCAAUUUGCCCAGACGCAGCGAUGUCAUCUCCAUACCCACUUACGAAGCGGACGGCGCAGUGGAUAUGGUCUAAGCUUGUGAACGCCUACCAAUAAAACAAGUACUAAAAAGGCUCAGGAACAUAACAAAUGUAUUUACUUAUAUGUUAUAUGAGCCUAUAGUUCCAUUAAACGCAUAAAAAGUAAAAUAUAAAAAACAAUAAAAAAAAAUAUUAUAGGAAAUGGAAAGCAAAUUAUGAACGCAAAACAAUUUCGCUUUAGUUCAAAUACAUACACAUGUAUCUCAGAAAAAAAACUUUAAUGUCCUGUCUUUAAUAUUACAACUACCAGUUUAUUAAGUAACCGUUACGAUAAGUGUACAACAAACAAGUCAGACAUCUUGUCAUACUUAGUAAUUAGUCAUAAUAUGUAUAAUUACUUACAUAAUUACAUAUAUUUACAAAGGAUUACAUUAAAUUAAGUACUCAUUACAUUGUAACUAAGUGUUUAUUAUAAAAUAUUUAGUUUGCACGAUAAGCGAGUAAAUUGUAUGUGCGCAUUAUUUAAAUACAUAUAUAUAUAUAUAUAUAUGCUAUAUACAUGUACAUAUGUAUUUUCAAAUACCUACUUGUAUUUCAUUAAUAUUCUAAAGUAAUCGCAUGUUGAAUUUGCCGGAAAGGCAUGGUUGCCAAUCUCAUUCGAUCGACUGUUUACGAUUUGUUUAGACGAAACAUUUUCGACCUUUCUUCAAAGUAAUAGAUGCCUACUAUUAUUUUAGAAUUUUUAAAUUUAAACAAUGCUAUCAUAUUCAAUAAUAAAUUGUUAUAAAGCUCCGUUAAAACUUCAUUCCACUAAAACAAAAACAUUCAAGAUAUUAAUGUGUAAUUUACAUCAUUUGUAUUAAUUUGUCAUACUUCUACGUACUUAUUAAACCAGGAUCAAGAAAAUCAAACUUUAAAUAACUGGAAAUUCAAAUUGUAAUCUACAAGUAUUGUUUAAUAGAGCAGUACAAUCAUAAAAUAAUCUCAAAUAUUGUGUCUGCCAUAUUUUAACAUACUUUCCGAGUAAUCAACAAAUCACAUCAGCAAAUUUCCGGGAAGUGAAAAAUUAAAUGGUUAGCUGAUGAGCAUUUGUUUUUUUUUUUGUGAUGAUAAAAAGUUGUUUUAAAUAUAAUAUGAAAAAAGUGAUGCAAACAAAUGAUCAUCCGCUGGACGUGUGUUUAUUUUUUGGAUUUUUGAAAAAAUUUAUAAAAAGGUACAAAAUCAUAUUUAACCCAUUUUCAGCUAGAAAAGCAUAACAAAAAACAGAGAAAUAAUGACAAUCGAUUUUUCGAUCAUUCUUCUCAUGAAUAUCAUUAAUAGAAAUAACAUUACUUUCAAGCUUUAGAUAGCUUACUUGGAAUAAGAAAUAUUUGGCGUAACGCCGAACGCAGAGAUGAAAGCUAAAAAAAAUGUUUUUAAAGAAUGUUGUGGUAUUUUUGAUAUUUAUAUUCUGCAUUUCUCCAAGAUAGCUUCAUGCAAUUGUAGCAUAUCCAGUAAAUCUCUAUAAGGAGAUUGCCAAACGGUUACUAAUGGCGAUCUUUAUUCAAAACGAUUUCAUAUUUUCCUCUUCCAUAUGAGUUGUCUUUUAAGUAAGAAUAUUCAAGCUGCAAACUACAAAAUAUAUAUAAAAUUUUGCAAUUUAUGUGUGCUACGAAUAUGCAAACCACUCUAAAAGUUGGUUUUCUUUGAAAUGCAUUUGAUAAAAAAAUCCUCCAAUAUUAAUGAGAAUUCAUAGUACUAUGUCUAGAUAAAUAAUUUAAUAUUUGUUCUAUAUUUAUGGAUCUCUUUGAUUUUAAUCCUAAAUGUAGGCAAAGAAUUCGCGUUAUUUAAAAAGUACUCAGGAUAAAACUAUCUGAUCACGAUUUUUACACGAAUAAAAUUUGGUAAAUUUUUUAUGAUCUAGUUAUGCGCCUAAAUAUAGUAAAUAUUUCUUAUUAUUUAUUAAAUAUCCGUUCCAAUAUAUUGUAAUUUCAGUGAAGAUUAAAAUACUUUGGUCGUAAAGAAAUAAAAAAAUUGCAUUGCAAGAUUGCUUACAUUUAGGCUAUACUCGUAAAGCGUAGUCUACAAGAAUUAUAAGGUGAAUGAAUAAAAUGACAAGUUUGGUGGAUUGUUAUACGAAAUUGAAGACAUGCGGUGAAGUGCGUCUUUUUUAAAGAGCAAAUAAUUUUAAAACUAAUAAUUUUAACGUCGAUUACAAAUAUGCAUCUAUAACUUAUAUAUAUACUAUACAUAUGUGAAAGUAUGCGUAAAAAUGUAAUUCUUUAAGUUUUCAUUCAGUACAAACUUGUAUUAAACUUUAAAACUUUCUAUUUGUUAAAUAAACUUUAUAUAUUACGAGAUUUGUGCAACCAUUCAUGCAACAAUUAUUCCAAUUCCAAAUAUACAUACAUAUGUAUGUUCUUAAAUUCUUAUAAACUUAUCUCGAGUUUCGCCAUUUAUAAAGACCCCAAAUUACUUGUUGAGCGCUCGAUAUGUAUUUACAUACCUUAAAAAAUAAAUAUUUAAUUUAAAUUAUAAAGAUAUAAAAUUGAAAAAAGAAAUGAAUAGUUUAAAAGAAAAACAUCAAUAUAAAUUUAUGUAAACUAUCCAUAUACUCGUAUAAUUACUUUAAGCUUUUUGUGUAUAAAGUUCAAUCAUUAAAUUGUAUUUGAUGACAAAUGUACUUAGUUUUGUAAUGGAAGCGAUGAUAUUGCUUGCCCGUGCCUGCUAUUCCACGAAUACAUACUUAUAGAUACAUAUGUAUACAGAUAUAUCAUAUAUAUGUACAGAUGUGUUAAUAUAAAUACAUAUUAUUUUAUGUAUGUGUGCGACCCAUUAUUUUAUUUAAGUUAAGUUGUUUUAUGUGUUCAUGUAAUUUAAAUACAUAACUACAUACAUACACAUUUCAUAAAUUUAUUUUAAAUAUAGUAAUAGAAUAGUUUUUGUUUGGCUAUUGUUUGUAGUAAGUAAUAUAUUGUUGAAUUUAGUUCAGAAAAUAAUAAAUACACAUAAAUAAUUUAGUUUUAUUCAUUCAAUAUAUUUAUACAUUUGUAUACAUAUGUACAUAUCAAAUAUAAAAAAGUUACUGACCUCCAUUUCUAUGUCAGUUGUUAGAUUCAUCAUAAGUUUAAUCCAAUCCAAUGAAAUCCGUUUCUCUUUCUCUCAUAUAAGAUCUAUAUUAGCUAUGUAAUUUCAUUGACGGAACCUAUUAUUACACUUUGCACGUAUUUAAAAAAUACUGUUAUAUGAGAGAAAAACCAAGUAAAUUUGGCACACCCAACUGUUUGCCAAAUAUGUUCGACCUUCUAACUAAGAAAUAUCUGCACAAAAUCUGAAAUUUAUAUUUAUCUUUCAAAAUCCACGAAUUAUAAUCACAAUCCAUCCAGCAGGGCAAUACUUGUAUACUUAACAUAUAAUUUGGUGAAUCUUGGAGAAUUUUAUAUUAUUUCUUUUUCACUUUUUGGGGGAACUUAGAGGAUAAUUCUAAAUGCGGGCAACAUUUUUUUUAAGUAAAAAAUACUUAGGUUAAAACUGGCUGUACAAACAUUUUUACUAGUAAUGCUAUAACGGUUGAUAAAUUUAUAUGAUUGAGCCAAAAGGUAGGCAACUUACAUUAAAACAAUUAUUUCAAUGUCAUUUCAGAAUAAAAUAGUAUCGCUGUAAUAUUUUAGCGUAAAAUAAUUGUUGUUGUGCAUUAAAAGACAAACCUGGUCAGCUGACAAUCAUUCAUCAUACAUAAAUGAAGAACUUUACAUAUAUAGACACGACUUAACGUUCCUCAGAUUCUUAAAUUGCAUUCCCCGGGUGUCUUUCUUGCUUUCAAAGGUGAAGAAGAGACUUAGUGAACUUAUGAUGGACAUCCCUCUUCUCUUAAUUUUUUUUUUUUUUAAUAUUUAUUAUUGUUUUUGUGAAAUAAUUAAAAGUACUUCUGUGAAAUAUUGUUGAGGUGACAAACUGUUUGUAGCCCAUAGUAUUUGGAGCACUCCACAUAAGCUUCAGAUUCAGAAAUUAUUUUCUUCAGUGCAGUCAUUUCUAGAUUUUUAUUUUCGUACUUGAAAGAGAAAAAUGUUGAAAAAUCGCUACAGUAAAUGUAUUGUGCGGCUGCUGGGUUCUGGUACGGGUUUCGACCAAUACUACUAAUAUACACGGUCGCCGUUCGGAGGAGGAUUAAAGCUUUUAGAACUCUAUAUACAUUAAUAGCAAUGAAACGAGUUUAAAGGUGAAAUACAUUUGGUCCACAAUUAUUAGCUCAAAAACUGUCUGACUUAUCUAACGGCACUAAUGUGGUCUAUAAAUAUGUACAUAUGUAUAUAUGUUUAUAUAGAUAUUCAUAAAUAUAUAAGACAAGCCUUUAUUUCUUAACUAUUCUGCAAUUUUGGUAUAUAAUAUAAUGAAAAAACUUCAAAAUGAAUAUAAAUGUUGUACUUAGAAAUGUAUACUUAUAAGUAUAUAUGUUUGUAUAAAGUUAAGUGCACACAUAAUUACUUAAGUGUUUUAAGUAGAGAAAUUAUUGUUUUCACACUCAUUCUUCCUUAUUUGACAUACUUGUAUUGUUUUCUAGAAUUAUAACUGCGUCGUAUUGUAAUUUGUGCCGUUGCUUUAAAGUCAACAACAAUUUUGUUAAUAUUUUCUUUAUUUUAGGCGUAUUUUAAGCAUUUAUGUAAUAGUUGUAAGUACUCAGGGCUUAGGAAGUGAAUAUAUAAAUUGUAUAGUGUGGUGUUUUAGAAGCAGGAUUAAUAUGCUUUAUUCAAAACAAGAUUUUCAAACGAUUGAGAAUUAUUGUUUUCAAAUAAAAUAACUGCUCCCAAAAGGAAAAGAGGGUAACUCAAAAGGAAACAAUAGUUCAGAGGACUUCGAUGGAAAAUCUGCUCUUUGUCGACAGUGUUAUAUUUUUAAAACUCAUCAAACCCAGUAGUCUAGCGAACAUCUUUCGUUAGUUCACGGCUCUCUAUGAUUAUUCGAAACUUACGAUAAAAAUGCUAAAAAGUUUAAAAACUGCUUAAAAAACCUCUCCCAAAUCCAAAAAAAAAAAA